CAGGUGUCCACCGACGAUCCCUCAAAACGAAAUGUUAAAGUUUUCAUCCAGAGGGACUACUCGCGCGGAACUGCAUGUCGCUUUCAAAAUAAGUUUCCACCUGAAUUAGAAGGAAAGGUAGGUCUGAGGAAGUGCAUUUGACUCUACAUUAUUUUUAUGAAUUUGAUUUUUUACCCAGAGUAAUAUCUGCAUUUGCAGGUCGAGACGAAGUCUGUAUAAUUUAUGUUUGUUGUAUAUCUGUGGGUUCGGUCAACUGGUCGAUCAAGUUUGUUUCUACUAUUUUGUUUAAUAUCACACACGCACAUAAAGUUGGCGUGUUUUUCAACUUUUCUCUGUUAAUUAUUCGCUAGAAAUAUGAGGAAACUCGUUCAUUGCAAAUUCAGGAAAGCGAGCAAUUAAUAAUUUCUAACCUUGCACGGUAAACAAACUCUUAAAGAAACUGAGUCGACGCGAAAGAUGAUCUCAAUUAGUGAUGGAUGACCACGAGCAAAGAGUAGGCGCCGAGAAACGAUGAUUUAACUCAAAGUUUGCGAGCCGUUAGAGGCGUCUGAGGGAAUGCACUCUCCUGAAAAUUUUUUAGGGUGCAGAAAUAAAUUUACAAUGUUUUCAAGAGAACGGUUUCAUGAGUCAAAACAUAGAAAAAUGUUUUCAUGAAAAUUGCUCAAGUUCCAAUAUAACAUACCGGUAGCAUCUGAUCGGUUGGAAUGAUGCACUUUAUCAGAGUUCAGAAGCGGGGUAAGAAAAAUUUAGUUGGCUAUAUUUUGUAGAAUUUCUGACUUUUGCUUCAACCUAUAGAGGAGAUAGUACCUAUAUUUAAUGUUCCACAUGGUUCCAUUAUUUGUUUAAUAUCAAUUAUUGAUAGGUUCAUGCUUUUACUCUCAAGAUCACACCUGUAAUCCUUCAUUCCAUCCUCAAUAAUUUCUGUUUUGGUGAGAUAACUUGGGUUUUGAACUUCAGCUUUUAGGGAAACAGCACAUCUAAAUGUGUAUCUAAACCUGUUAACUCCUAAGAUCUUAUUAUUACCUCUCCGUACUGACAAUCAUACAGUUCUUAUGAUGUUAGUUAAGAGUAUUAUUUUGGUCUUGGACCCACUAAUAAUCCCCUUGUUGAUAUUUUUCUUUAUUCUCAUUUCUUGUCUACUUGGUAUUGUAUUGAUCACCAUGCUACUUAUUUGUAUGUGUUAUCAAGUGGUGACAGAGGGACUACAAGGAUUAUACUUAUUCAGUGUGGUGGGGAAGUGGUACUGGUGCCUCAAAAAAAAAACUUUCCUCUUUACUUAUUAUCCAAUCUCAAAAUCUCAACAGCCUCUGUGACUAGUCUCCAAGUCUUAUUUCUUUCUAAGUUCUCAAAGAGUUAAAUUUAUUUGAAGUUAAGGUUCUUUAUCUAAUUGAAACUUAAGUACAUUUAAAAGAGUUUUGAUCCAUAAAAGAUUAUGUGUGAUCAUUGACAUUUGGAAAUAAUGCAUUGUGGAGGCUUACAUGUAUAUAUUAGGAAGAUGAUUACAAAAGAGAGUAUGGCAUCUCUGAUCCAAUAAUUUCAUGUCUUUCAUAGAACCUAGCAAAACCUUAGUAUAGUGAUGAAAGUGAUGAGGAGUUGUAGGGCCAAAGCUGUUUAUGUUCUGUCUGAGAUUUUUAAGCAGGGUCUUGACAUCUUGUGAGUCUUGCAUUUCACUUGUAACUCCUCUUUUUUGUUCUUGUUCUGGAGAUUCCUUUGGCUUAAUGGCCUAUUUUUGUCAUGAGUGACAAAUUAUGCUGAGCCUUCUAAUCCCUGGGCCAUCAACUUGUUUUUUGUAUCAAGCAGUUCAAUCAAGUCGUAGCAUGUGUGUAUAAUUUUAGAAUGCCCUUGAUGACAUUUGUUUGGAUUUUCAAUACAUUUAAUCUAAGAGUUUCAAACAUGCCAAGAACAAUGACAAAGCUAAUUGUUAGCUAAUUGUCACUUGGGAUCAGUAUACAUGUAGCUUGACAAAUUAGCAGAUGGGAAAUAUAGUCAUACACAAGUAUUUUCCAGAUAUGAAGGCUUUUUUUUUUUUUUUUAGCUUGAGCGGAGUCAGUUUGAGCAAACAGUCAACCACAUCAAUGAAAUCUUUGAUGAAGCUGAAAAAGUUGGACCUAGAACCUACCUGGAGGGAUGUUUGGGUUGUGUUACUGCUUAUCUUAUUUUCAUGUGCAUACAAACUCAAUACAAUAAGGUAAGACACCAUAUACCUCAAAAUAAAUCUGGGUUUUUUAAUGAUGGUUUCAAAGGGGAGGGUGUUUGCAAAAAGAAUGUAACAGUAGAAAGUUUUCAGUACAGUCAACAUACCAUUUAUAUUACUUGCAAUACAGUACUUGCACUAUUUUUUUCCUACAAAUUUUACUACUUAUUUUUCACUGCUUGAUAUGAGAUAAGUAAAACUUACUGAUAUGUACAUGCAGUUAUUUUGCGUGGUUGUGAAUAAUUCUUUAAACCUUUUCUUCUUUCUUACCAGUGUUUAAAGAGACUCGCAGAUUACAUAAAUGAACAGAACCAAAGUGUGUUUAUUCCAAGGGGACUAAUGAUCACCAACCCCAUGGACAGGGGACUUCGAGUUGUAUCCUUCAACUUA